GUUCACUUCUCAUUUGUCUCUUCUUCAUAUUGCAGGAUUUUCAUAUUAAAGUACAAGAUGGCUCUCUCUUUGGCAGAAUACAAUGAACUAGCAGCAACACUUGAAAGCCAAGAGCUCGACGCACCUAAUGGCGUGCCUCCUGAUGCCGUGUACGAGAAACUCUUAGCCAUAUACCUCCUUCAAAACGAUGUGAUGUCAGCCAAGUUCCUAUGGAAGCGCAUCCCUGCAUCCGUGAAGCAGCGAUGUCCGGAGCUGGAGCGAUUAUGGGGCGUAGGGCGCGUGCUGUUCACUCGCGACCGCGCCGCGGUCUUCGUGGUUCUCAACUCGACACAGUGGGGCCCUAAUGUUGCCCCUAUUAUGGCUGCUCUUAUUGAGUCGUACCGGGAGCGCACUCUGGAGCUCAUCGCGUCUGCCUACACGUCUAUAGGCCUGGACGACGUGAGCAAGCUGCUGGGACAGGAGCGCGAGGCAGCGCUGCAGAAGACACAGGCUUUGGGCUGGGAUUUAGACGCCGCCACUCAGAUGGUUAUGCCUAAAGCGUUCCCUAAAGAAAAAGUACAUCAUAUGCCUUCAGAAAAACAAUUAGAAAGACUUACUGAGUAUAUAUCAUUUUUGGAGAAAGGUCUCUAGCGUGUAUAAUUUUUUUAUAUUAUUUUUUGGUUAGUAGAAGGUUAAGAUUGUUUUCUGACACCAGGAAAGUCGCCUGUUACGGCCUAGUUUACAACUCGUCUCCUUACGUUCUCGUCACCCUCGUGUUCGUGCUAUUACUGUUGAUCAAAUAUGAACGAUCCGAUAGUUUAACGUUUUAAAUUCCUCAACUUUUCCCUCCACAUAUUUGAAGACCCGGAAUGAUUAUCCUCCGUGCACGUAUUUUGUUGAGUAUUUUUAGCAACGCCCUGCAUCUUGUUUCUGCUCGUUCUUCAAUCGCAUACUCUUCCUAUUCCUUGCAUAAACUUCUUAGUCGACCCAUGGUAGUGAAACUAUACAAGUUUCUUAGCCUGCAUGCAUAUUUCCAUAUCGUUGAACAAUUUAAUGAUCAUCGAAACGGCCUGCGUCCAGUCAAUUCAUUGGCGGCAAAUAAAAGCAAGCAGAUCAAA